UUCUCUAUUCUACACCAAAUAUUUUAAAAAGUGUUAUCAUUAGCCUACACUCUAAAAUUAUCAACAAAGUAUUGCAUGUACCUGUUUCAAUGUCAUUUUUAAAAGAUCUUACUACUGUAUGGAAAACCUUGAUACUGAUUUUUGUUCCAUUUGUGGCUUCACCUAUUCUUACCAUUGAUGGAUCAAAGGUAAUUUCAUUCUUAGUUAAUAUAUGUUUAAGAAAAGUAAUUUUAUUUGGAAAAUUGAAAUUUGGAAAUGGCUAUACAUUUACCGUGUUACAGUUACAGUAUGCUGAAAUUAGAUGCGCUAGGAUAAUUUAAUGCAAAAAUUGAAACCCACAGGUGCUCGAAAAUAAUUACAGAGGGCAAAAGAUGAACCCUAGUGUAGUAAAUUGCAGAAUACUUUCCUUAGUGAAAUGAGUCCUAUGUAUUUAGAAUAUAUUUUUGGGAUAAAAUGAGCACAACUUAAAAUUAAUUUCAGGUGAAGCAAAAAUGUUGCUGUCUAGGAUUGAUAAUAUUUUUAUAUUAAAAAAAUUAUGCCACAAUGUGUGUUUACAGCAAAGACCAAACAAACAACUAUAACCACCAUUUGAGGAAUACUAAUCUAGUUUCAGGACUGAAUUCAUGGAAUUAUAGCACUUUCAUCACAAUCUUUGCACUAUUCUUUUAAACAUAAUAUAUGAAUUUUGUAGGAUAUGUUGCAUUUCAAAUGUUCUUGUUCAGGAGAUGUCAUGCUUGUAUGGAGUGAUUGUUAUUGCAUCUUUUUGGAUAACAGAAGCAUUGCCUCUUGCAGUAACUGCUCUUUCACCCAUCAUCAUUUUCCCAUUGCUUGGAGUCUUGUCAGCUAAGGAUGUAUGUUUAAACUAUAUAAAGGUUAGUUACUGUGUAAAUUGUGUGACACUUCAUGAUUUGGUAAAAUAUUUGUAUUAGAGUAUUUACUUUUACUUAUUGUUUUUAAAGAAAAAUUAUUUUUAAAAAAGUUAGUAAUAAACUUGUAAUCCUUAGAAUUUCAUUUACAUUGUAGGAUGCAUCGAUGUUUAGCUUCAGUUGCCUUACCUUUGCGCUUUGUGUUGAAAAGUGGAAACUACAUAAGAGAAUUGCUCUCAGAACUUUACUUUUAAUGGGCUCUAGCCCAAAAUGGUAAGCAUUAUAGUUUUUUUUUUUUUUAAAUGAACAUUUAUUAAAUAUUUCUAUGGACAUAGCCUUGUUAAGAAUGGAAUUGCAAAAUAUUUUGUAUUCUUAAAACCAAUAUUUCUUGCAUCAUAAAGAACAUAUUGUACCACUGCCUCAACUACUAGUAUAUUCAAUUUUGAAUUACAUAGUUUAAUAAAAUAAAAGAUCAAAUUGAUUUUCAGAUAUAUCAGAAAUUCUUCUUCAAACUAUAAUCAGCAACUUCUGUCUUUCGCAACUGUUCUGCAUACAUCAAAUUUUGUUUCUAACAUGUGUAUAGCUUCUAAUAACACUCACUAUUCUCAUGUUCUUUUUACAUUUCACAAUUCUGUCUGUUCCCUGUCACAACUUUUUCUCUUGUUCCUGCCCUUCCCUAUCUUAAUGAACUUCUUACUGUCUAUUCACCCCUUGGAAAGCUUCUUCCCUCCACAGACACCCAUAUUCUUUCUGUUCCCAGAACACACACUAAAACAUAUGUUGAACGAUCUUUCUUUUAUGUGCCCCAAAACAAUGGAAUUCUCUCCCAUUACACAUCCACAAUAUAACGACCAUCACAGCCUUCAAAACUGCCCUAAAGACCCAUCUCUUCAAACUGUACUAUACUGACUCAUCCCCCUCUGACUGAUAAACAGCGCUCGAUUCUGCUGUGUGCUGUCCAUAGCUAGACAGAGGUAGAUAGUACUUGGGUCGGUGAGGUCAAGCUUUUCACCAAUUGUUGUUUUUAAAUGUAUACAUUUCUGUAAUUGCUAAUUUUUAUGUGAAGCGCAGUGAGCCUAGCCCUAGGUUGGGGUACUGCACUAUAUAAAACCACCUAAUUAUAAUAAUAAUAAAUGUGGUAAGCUUCAAGCAAUGUUUUUGAUUGAACUAAGGCUGUUUUGCCAUAUGCAAAUUUUUGGAUUUUGGCAGUUGACUUGUUGCUAAACUAAAAAAGGAAAUACAUUUUGUUAUUAAUUAUCAGCAUUUCUUGAAAUGAACGCCCUGUUUAGAAAUUAUUGAUAAAAUACCAUUUUUAACUACAUUUUAAUUUAUUCAUUGUUGUGAUUGUUAUUUUUUAAGGCUUACUCUAGGAUUCAUGCUACCCACAUGGUUUUUGUCCAUGUGGGUGAACAAUACAUCAGCUACCGCUAUGAUGGUGCCAGUAGUUACUGCAGUGUUGGAUCAGUUACAGGAUAUUGAAGAGCAAAAAAAGGAAUUGAAAGGCUCUGAAAUUUUAGGUAGAUCUAUUCACCUUUUGGAUAAGAAGUAAUGGAAAGCAUAGAGUGUUAAAUUAAUUUCAAUGAUAACUAAUUAUAUUGUAUUAAAGAAAGUCAUUGUUACGAGGAGAUAAAUCACAGGAGAGUCAUUUAUUUACUAUAUCAAAUGGCCUAGAAACAUUUGUUUAUUUACAGCACACAUUUUAUGAGGAUAAAUUAACAGUUUAAAAUUUGCCUUAUAGCCAACACUAAAUAAUCCAAUCUCUGACUACACCUUUGAGUAUUAUGCUUUUCAAAGUUUCAGAUAUGGAAUUAGCUGUGAGCAUCAAUAGAGAAAGCAAGUCAUUACAAUUUUUAAAUACAAAUAAAAAAAAUCAUUCAGAGAAGUAGGUUAAUAGAUCUUUGAUUAUUUAGAUAACUACCUAUCUGCAUUUUUGCCUUAAAUAUCGGUUUAGAUUUGGAUACAUUUUUUUAAAAAAAACUUAAAUCUUUGAAAAAGUUUUGGAAAAAAUAAAAUACUAUAAUUUCUGUUUCAUAUUAUUUAAUUUACUUUAAACUUUAAGUCUUUUAAAUUAUUAUUGUUUUAAAAGAAACAUUAAUUAUUCAAUUUAAUACAUAUAAAUGUUUUUUAGAAUAUUUACUAUUUAGAACUGUGAAAAAAAUCUAUAGAAAAUAUGUUUUGAAUUUUGUUUUAUUUUUUAUGUAUUCCCCAGAACAGCUAGUGACAAAUUCAACUAUCCAAAUAAGGAAUUUAAACACAUGUGUAAGGUGUUAAGUCUAUGUAUUUGCUAUUCUGCAGCAUUAGGCGGUAUUGGAUCCAUAGGAGGUUCCACAACAAAUUUGGUUAUGCAGGGUCAAGCUGAUUUGUAAGUUUAAAAAAAAAGUUUUUUUGACUUAUAUGUAUUACUUUACUCAAACUUUAAGAUCAUGACAUCACAUUUUUUUACUCCCCACCCCCCAUACAUUAAAGCUGCUGCUAUUUUAAUCCUUCCAAAACCUAUCUGGUCUACAUCCACAAACACCUAAUGCUUCUGGGUAUCCAUCUUAAUCUCCAGCAAGAAAAGGUCUAGUUAUUUUAUAUUUUUCAUUAUAAGACAGAGACUUGCAAACUUAUUCCUUAAUUUAACUUUAUUCAGGAGACAUUGAAAGUUUAAUUGAGAGUAAGACAAUAUUUUUGUUUAUAUUAUUCAUUGUUCAAAGUUUUUUCUACAAUACAUGCAAAAGUUUAAAAAGUCAUUUUUAAAACCUUAUUGCCAGUUUGUUACUCAUGUUGUUCCUUGAAAGUUGAUGUAUGUCCAGGGUAUGAUUGUGUGUGUCUUCCUCCCCCCCUCCCCCACCAGCUUUGGCGUAAAUUAAAACAAGAUUAGUUUUGUCACGCAUUAAUAAAAGCUGUACAAUAUAAAAAAAAAUAUAUAAAAAAUUGUGCAAAAAUAUAAAAAGUCACACAUUUAGCACAAUUUUUAAAAAUUUCUUAACAUUAACGAUUUGUUUACAUAGCAUUUAAUAAUUCAGUAAUAGUACUUCAAUAUUUAUUAUUAUUAUUUCAUAUCUUAACAAUGUCAACAGAAUAUUUGAAAAGUAUGGUCUACAGUCCGGUGUGAAUUUCCUCAGCUGGUUUAUGUGUUGCUUUCCCUUAGCUGUUAUUUGUCUUAUACUUUCUUGGAUGUGGCUGGUGUUUCAUUUCUUUGGAAUAAGGCAAGUAUUUAUGGACAUUUGCCAUCUUUAAUAUUAAUAGCUUUCUUGUUUGGUCAAUUAAAAAAUAAAUGCAGGUAACCAAAAAGAUAUUCUUCCACAUCAUGCCUUGAUUACCUUAUUUCAGUCUUUUGGGUAAUAUUGUGUUCUGUUUGUUCUAUAUUUCAAGCUUUCCCAGAUCUUGUUCGUAAUAUUUCUCAUCAGUAUUGUAUUGCUUUCAUUUGAGAUUGUGUUUCUUUAAUCUUAGGCCUCUCAUUACUGUUUUUACUUUAUGUAUGAGAACUAUUAGAUUUGGCCUGAGCUGCAUCACAAAGAUAAAAAGAGAUCAGUAGCUACACUUGUCUGGAUGCCAAUAAUUUUUCGGCAUGCAAACUUUGUCCUGUUUUUAAUAUUUUAAAACUUCUUAAUGAUAUGCAAACCAAACAAAAUCAUGCAUGUAAUUUUAUGGGCAUCUAAUAAAACAAAAGUCAUGAUAGUUGCUGACAUAAAUAACUAUUUUAAAUGUGAAAAGUCACUAUUAGAGAUUAAUCUUUAAAAAAAAAUAAUUAAGAGAAGCAAUUUAAAUAUACAGUGUUCAAUUAUUUCUGUCUAAAUCCACUGACAUGGUAUUCUCUUUCUAAUUUUGACCUAGAAAUAUGAAUUUAGAUACAUAUAUUUCUAAACAGGUUAUGCAAAAUUAAAAUAAAAGAUUAAAAUUUCAAACUUGUUCUGAAUUUUAACUUACUAGGAUAUGACAAAGUAGAUUUUUAAAAGGGGUUGGGCGGGGGUUGUUAAAGAGGCUACGUUUACUCAUUCCAAGUUAAGGGGGGCUUAUAAAAUAGGUCAAAAAGGAUGUUUAUAGAUUAAUAAAGUGUGGAAACUUUUAAAUGGUUUAAUGACCGAUAAUGUAAUUGUACAAAUUAACUAAUGUUUCAUCUUAUCUUUAGAGAAUUAACAAGUUUUGGAUGUGGGGAUAAGAAGAAUACAGAAGCUAUGAAAACUGUUAUUAGAGAUCAUCUAAGAGAAUUGGGUCCUCUUUCGUAAGUUGCACUUAUUAUUGUGGUUAAAUGUUUUGUAUAUAGAUCAGUCCAGAUGGGACAGUAAUAAGUGUAAGUGAGAUUUUGGUAAAAGUAUAUAUUGAUUAUAAAAUAUGUAUUUGAAAGGGUACUUUGAAACACUAUUGAAAGUGGCUGUAGCUUAAGAGUUUUAGAUACCUUUAUGAAGAUUAUGGAACAAAAUAUUUAUAUACAUAUUUUAAAUGUAUGCAUAUUGUUGGCAAGAAGCAGCUCAAACUAAUGGCUUUUUCGUGAAAAUGUGUCAUUUUUUAUACUUAAAAAAAUUAAUACUGCUUUCGAUUUAUUUAUUUUUUUUGGUGUUUUUUUUUGUUUAGAUGUCACAUUUGAUUUAAUUUGAUAUUUCUAAUUUCAUAUUUGUCAUGCUAGCCUACUAGUGUAAAACUUUCUGAAUCAUAAAUUUUGUUUCAUUUUUUUUUUACAAUUCAAAUUUUUGUGGUUGAAUGUAUUCACAUAAUUUAUAUAUGUCCUUUAAAAUUUAUACGGUAACCUUAGUGAUUUAUUGUGUACAUGGUUUUUGGCAUUUGGGUAAAUUUCAGAUUUGCAGAAAAGGCAGUUAUAGGUCACUUUUUUAUCCUAAUUCUAUCAUGGUUUUCGAUGAAAAUGCCAGGUGAUAUGGGAUGGAGCUAUUAUUUUAAACCAGAGUAAGUUUUCUCUUGGACCCUAUGGGCCCUUAAUUUCAUUUUAUUUAGCCUUGCUUAUAGUUGAUUAAUUAAUUGAUUUCUAAUGAAUUUCUAUGCUGUGUAUUGGAUUUAUAUAUUUUACUUUAAAUUUACUUUCAGUUAUGUGAGUAAUUCAACCCCAGGACUCAUAGUUGUAUUGUUAUUAUUUAUUUUCCCCUGCGAAAAGCCUCGUGUCUUCUGCUGGUUAAGAAAAGAAAAAGAUGGUAAAAUUAUUUAAACAAUCCCAAUUGUAUGUGAUUAAAUAUAAAUAAAAGCAAUCAAUUUAAUCAGCAAGCCUAAUCAAUGAUCUGAUACCUGAAAGUUAAAAUGAAAUUUCAGAAAAGUAACCACAUUUUCUCUACUGGUAUAUAUAAUUAAUUUUUAGGCAUUUUCAAAGUUUUAAACAUUCAUUAUUAUUUAUCACACAAUAUCUUUGUAAUCAAUAACAAUAAAUAAUCAAUAAUAAAAAAUUACAAUAUUUUGAAUCUAGAUGUUUUAAAUGUAUUCAUUUCUUUCAGGUGCAGUUCCUUUACCUAAAUCUGUACCAGCAUUAAUAGAUUGGAAAAAUGUAAAUGAACAUUUCCCAUGGGGUGCUUGGUUGUUGGUUGGAGGAGGAUAUGCUAUUGCACAUGUUUGUCAGGUAAUAUCCAGCUUUUUGUUUUUAAAGCAUUGAUUGAUUUUUUACAAAUAUUUAUGUCUUAUAUUGUCAUUUAACUUUAUCAUAAUCAAGUCCUUCUUUUUCUUAGAAAAUCCCUCAAAUAUAUGUAACUAAAUUUAAAAUAAAAUAGUUUUAAGAAAAAUGUACUUACACAACUUUAUAUCCAUUUCAACUAAACAUUUUUCACUUUUAGAUGUAAUGUAAUAAUAAUAAUAAUAAUAAAGUUCAUUUAAAAAACACGCUUCAUCCCCAAAGGCUCGAAGCGCGGUACAAAGUCAACAAAAAACAUAUCUAUAAUUCACCACAUUUAAAACAAACUCAACACUACAAAAACUAAUUACAAGCAUACAAUAUCAAAGUCUUUCUAGCCAUUUCAACCCGGAGCAACACAGCAACACAUGGAAAAUAAGGUAGACAAUCAUCCCAGAAGGUAUUUGCGAAAUAGAUGUGUCUUUAGAUCUGUUUUAAAGGACUCCAGUGUCUGGUUGUUUCUAAGAUCGACAGGAAGGGCGUUCCAAAUUGUUGGACCAGCAAAUGCGAAAGUAGAGAAAUUAUUUUGUUUUUAUUGCUAUGAUAGAUUUUGUAGGACAUCUUAUAUUUAAACAAAAUUAGAAUUCAAAGUAAUAGCAAUAAUGUUUGUCUUACUCUAUUUUAAUAUCUUUUGUUUAACAAGGCAUCAGGCUUAUCACUUUGGAUUGGAUUAAGGUUGUCCAUUUUCUCUAAUGUUACUCCAUGGCUCAUGGUAUUCAUCAUCUCCUUAAUUGUAUCAUUUUUGACUGAAAUAACAAGUAAUGCUGCAACAGCAAGCAUUCUUUGUCCUAUUUUGGCUGAUUUGGUAAGUUAAAGGAUGUAACAAUUAAAUUAAGUAUGUAUAAUUAAUAGGGAACAGAAGUUCUAUAUUGUUACUUAAAUCCAGACGUGUUCUAGUUAGGUGUUACAUACUUGUUGCCAAAUCACAAUAAUGGUUAAAUGUAAAAUAUAAAACUUAUAAGCUCUUUAUUUUUCAUUCCACCUUUGUAAUUAUCACCAAUAUAAGGAAAUUAGAUUUUUAGCUGAAACUGAAAACCUUCAUCUGCAAACACAACAAUAAAAAUAAAAUCACAAAAUAAUGAAACCAGUACUAAGCUUAGAAACACUAAAGAAAAGACUUUGAGGGGGGAUGACUCUGCUUGUGUUGAGAAAUGAUUGAUAAAGAAAAAACAGUAUAAUUCUCACCAUAAACAAUUAUUUUUGCUUUACUACAUUUGUUUCAUUUACUUGAUUGUAACUUGAACUCUAUAGGAUCUUUAUUAAUUCAUUUUUACAUGUUUGACAUUAUCUUAGCUAAACAAAAUAUUUGUAUGGGGUGCACAUUUUAAAGGGGAAAACAUGGCCAAUCUCAUUUUCUUGGUACUUUGACAUAGCUUACACUUACAGGGAACAUUGAUGAUUAGGAUUUUUUUUAAAAACUUAAGCUAAUUUAAAAACUUCAAGUAUAUUCUCAUGACUGGGCUAUUUACCUGACAUACACUAAAUCAUAUAAGAUAUCAAAAUGUUUUAAAAUAUCAGUGUGAUUUUUAAUGCUUAAAUAUAAUUUAUUUUAAUCAACUGUUUGCAUUGUUGAACAGGCCAUCGCCAUGGAGUUAAAUCCUCUGUACCUGCUUUAUCCUGCUACUCUUGCCUGUUCUUUAGCAUUUAUGCUUCCAGUUGCUACUGCACCAAAUGCUAUUGUAUUUGCUAUUGGUCAUAUCAAAGUAAAAGAUAUGGUAAGUUCCUUAUGAUAUAGUUAACAUAAAUUAUAACAAAAGUAAAGGAGUAGACUGAUUGCAAGUGACACAAAAUUUUAAAUUACUCUUUUUCUCUGCUUCCCACAAAUACACUCAAUCCAAUCUCUUCUUACCAUUAUACUAGAUAAAAUAGCAAGAAUCUUUGAUGAAAUAUGUUAAUUGUUUAUCUCCAUUAAAAAUAAUAGCUUGCUUUAUUUCUUUUCAAUUAACAGGCCAAGGCUGGUUUUGUCCUGAACCUGAUAUGUGUUCUAGUUAUCUGCAUAGCCACUAACACUUGGAUAACUGCAUUGUUACAACUUGAUGCAUUGCCUCUUGAGAUGAGAAAAAUGCUUAAUAAUUCACAACUAGUUUCACAGUUUGAAAAUACCAAUUUGACAAUAGGGAAUUCAACUUUGUACUAACUGAGGUUGUGAUAUUUUAUGUGCUGUUUUUUUUUUGUUGUUUUUUUUUGUACAGUAACAGUUAUGUAUGAUAAAAAUGUAAUAAUGCAAAUUUCUUUUAGAAUUUUUAUAAUGAAUAUAGGAAUAACAUAAAAUUAAAGGCUGUAAGUUUUCCAAAUACUAUGAGAAGAGUAACACUGCUAAAGUUUGAAUGUUUCAUAUGGUGCUGGAUUCUUAUCCUUGUGGCUAAUGUUAACAGGGUAACAGAGCUUUUACCAGAAGAAGUAAACCCAAAUGAAAAAAUUAGGGAUGAAUUCUUAAUAUAGCCUACUUUUUCUUUAUAUUUAAAGGUUCUAUGGAUUUAUAUGGAUUUAUCAUUACUUUAGUUAUUUUUGUCAAUGCUUGUCAAAGUUGAAAUUUGUUCUUUCUUUUUUAAAAUAUUUAUUAAAUUGUUGAUGAAAAAUAUUCCUUUUUUAAAAAAAAUUUAUGAACUUUAAGAAUAUGUGAUGUAAACAGUGUUUCUCAGAAUUUAUUAUUAUUUUUGAAAAACGUUUUCACUUCAAUUUAAUUUCAUUAUUUUAGAAAAUAUUCUUUGAUUAUUGAAUAUGUAACAGUUAAUUUAUAAAAAUCAGUCAUAUUGUGAAACUGAUUAAAGCCUUAUGCUUUUAUAAUGCUUUAAACUGUCUCCAUCCUUUGCCCAUUUAUGAACCCUAUUCCUUUCUGCCUUCCUUAAUAGUUUUCCAUAAUGUAUCAUUUUAAACAUUGCAUUUAUUUGUAUGAUUUGCUGACGGAGAAAUAAAAAUUAAA